GCCCAGUGUGAAAGAAAUAUUAGUAUUUGGUAACAAUUAGUUAUCAUUCUCUGUCUCUUAAAGUUGGUGGGUGGGAUAUUGGUGAAAGAUAUUUUUACUUUGUAAAUUCUGUCUUUGAAGUUUUAUUGAAACAAUGUCACAGCUUCUCCGCCGUCUCACCAAACUCUCGUUCCGGAACAAGGAUGUAAUUAAACAGAGGAGCGUUCGUUUGUUUUCAACCAGUCCUUGUUUGGCACUCGGCUUCGUUUGGGAUGAUGCUUUGGGUUUGGUAGAAGGUCGCAGCUACAUCGGAAAAGUCCUCUUUUUUGAUCCGGCCAAGAAAGAGAUACUCGAGGUCCCCGAGAAAACAGUUCCGCAAGAGCUAUUUAACUCGAAACUGAUUGGAGCUUCACAAGGAUGGGGAUUUUUAUCUGAACAGUCCAAUCAUAACUCUGUACAUAUCAGCCACCUUUUUAACCAUCUGGCUGAUUCCAAAUCAAACACCAAGAAGAAGAUGAUGAUUCCUCUGCCUCCGCUUAAUAGUAUUAUGCUCUAUGGUCAAACCAAAGUGGUUUGGAACGUGGCAAUGUCUUCCUCUUCCCCUCAUGAGGAAGAUUGUGUGGUGGCUAUCAAGUUCUUUGGUAGGCAACUGAGUAUGUGCAAGCCUGGUCGUGACCUCUCUUGGACUAACAGACUAAUCCCUUUCGACUGCUCCUCCGAGAACUCAAAUCUCAUGUAUUCAAAGAGAGAUCAAAGGUUCUAUUUGCCUGCCCCUGGAGGCAAAUACUUGUGCUCUUGGGAUCUCCACUCCAAUAACAACGACCCUAAGUUCAACGAGUUGGUGUUUCAUAACCUUCCCCAGUUGCCACACUACGCUUGGGAGGUGUUAGAUUCUUGUAUCAGGGAGGACCACUGGGUGGAGUCACCUUGCGGUCAAAGUUUCCUUGUCAAAUGGUAUUCACGUAUAGGAAACAAUGACGUGAUGGAGAUGUUUCUGGUGUUUAGAGAGGAGGAGGAGGACCAAGUCACAUCAAAAGGAACAAGAAACAUGUGUUUCACACAAGACAUUGGAGAUCUUUGUAUCUUCCUUUCAAAGAACGAUCCUUUUUGCGUUGCCGCAAGCUCUUGCCCUGGUCUCAUUCCCAACUCCAUCUACAUGAUGGGAAAUUGCUUAACUGUUUGUUCUCUCACCGACGGAACUCUCGGUAGUUUUGAUCCUCCCAAAGAGAUGCCUUUCUCCCACUUCUGGAUUCCUCCAUUUUCUGUCUAGUUCGUUGGUUGUUGUGUUUGCGUUUGGAUUUGCUAUGAUUUUAUGUUCCUUUGACUUGUGUUAUUUAGUUUAUUUAUGUCACUUUUAAUCCUCUAUAAUAUUGGCCAACA